CAAUUUAAGAAAUUUGCCAAUAAGCACAUUAUUACAUUCUACUCAACUAAAAACGCACAAACUACGUAUUGCAUAUAAUAAUUUUCUGUUUCCUUCCACGUGUUUGAAAUCUGCGCGUAGCGGCGGCGGGCAAUGGUGGCCGCGCGACCGCAUCGGCGGUCGAUACGUGGAGAGUCUAGGGACUCUACCACGCCCAAUCGCAGUCGUCCGUUCGCGCCGCCGCGUACCGGCCGUGCGUCUCCGUUGCGCCCGCGCGGGUGGAGGCGCGUCGCAUCUUCCCCGCGGCGCUUCGUGAGGAGUAGUGCGCCGCGUCCUCUCCCCACCAUUUAACCUCUCAUCCAUCGCGAUCGCGGUGCAUCGUGCCUCGCCGCGCAACGGCACGCCAGACGCCAGUCAGUCGGUUUUUAUCUAGCGCGUGGGGCGGUGUGCGACGAGUUGGCGCGCGCGCGAGAGAGAGAGCGACAGAGCGGGGCACGGCGACGAACUCCGUGCGGCGUCUCGCAGGCGUAUAUACGUUCGUCCGCUCGUUCGGCGUCUCGCGUCCGCGACGACGCCCGUCGCACCACCUCGCAGUCAGUAAUAUCAGCCGCGCGCGCGGCUUUCCGACCGGAAGGAAAGAAGAAAGAAAGAAACGAAGGGAAGAAGCGGAGGCACGUCUCUCCCCCUUUCUCUCUCUUUCUCGCUCAGGGAGGGGAAGAAGCGCGCCUCGUGGGAUCCCGUGCGGCUCGUGGAGAUCGUGUCCACCGGACCGGAGGCGCGGCGCGCGUCGGCCAUUGUGCCUUCUUCGUGUCGCCAAUACGAGCCGCGCGGCGCUCUGCUGUCUGUCGGUCGGUGUGCGCUGUGGUGACCGGGUGAAGCUACGAGGGAGCGUUCGCACGUCGCCGGCUACUACUACCAUUACUGCUUGGAGUCAUCACCGUUCUUGCCAUCGUCGUUCCCCUUCGCGAUCAGCAGGACUAGGGAUGCGCGUGCACGGGAGCGAAUCCGCGGGGCGGUGCGCGCGUGCAACAACGCGCCGAUGAAUCUGCGCCGCGCGGGUGCCGGCCGGGAACGCUGCGAGAAGAAAUGAGAUGCGCGAGGAGUGCCAUUAGGAAUCCGCUCUCGGCACAUGUCAUUCACCCCGCGUGCGCACCGUAGAAAGAAGAAGAGGAAGAAGAGGAAGAAACGGGAACCGCGCCACGGAAGAAGGGACGAGGCGAGGGAAUUCGUGCGCACAAGAUCGGCAUUCCCGAGUAAUUCAACGUCGCACGGAUCCCGAGCGCAAGGUUUCGGCAACCCGCCGUUUACAUCUUGCGCUUGCCAGCGUCAACGUCGACCGGGGAGAGACCAGUGAAAGGUACCUCGCUCUCACACGUGACCCCUCUCUCUCCCGAGAGUGCAUCUCGGCGAACUCGCGAGGGAUAUUCUUCUUCGCGCGAAGUCACGUCGAAGCGACGCGCACGCUCGCAGUCUUCCCUUUCAGUAAUGCCUCUCGAGCAACGUGUCGCGUAUUUACACGUAUUCCGCUACUAGAACUACUUUAAACUGCUACUUUAAGUACUUUAAACGCGAAUUCAAGUCGUAUCUUCGCUACUCUUUCCUGUACUUGUCAUACACGACUCUAUAACUGUGUUAUAAGCAGAGGAAGAGAGAGACAAUACAAAUUCCGAAUCCAAAUGACUGUAUCAGAAAAUACGCCUGUUGAUGCUUGUGCGGUCUGAAGCGAAAUUGAUGGGACGUUCGAUUGAAGAAAACUCGACGAGGAGCAUCCGCAGGGACCGAUGAUCGCAGCUGAUCGUUAAUUGCGGCUUGACGGUGAGGAUGACCGCGCGGAAUCCAGCGCUGCCGUGACGAGUGUCGAUCACACGAUCAACGCGGACGAGAGCCGAGCAAUUUAAUUCUUACGGACCCGAUCGGAACUCAUACGGACUCACACAAAGCCCUUUUCGUGACGCACUUCCUCGUACCAAGGCAGAGAGGAUCCUGGACCGUUAACGGUUGAUAAAACGGGAUUCAACCUGGAACCGAUCAGUCCCCGCCAUCGACCUAUAAACGCCUUGAUUCUCUCAAUCGAGACGCAGCAACGUCGCUUCCACGAGACACCUAAACUAUCAUUAAUUAGUCUAAUUACGAGCGAGGACGAAGGUGGAAGCUACUCACCGUCCUCCACGAGCCGAAGAGUCUGAGUCAAGUGCGCGGAGUCGUUUCCUUGAAGGAACUACUGGCCCACAAGGACGCCCGAUUCUCCUGGGAAUCGAGUCGACCGCGAACCAGUCGAAUCGGCCCCGCCGUUUGCGAUUGCAAGUUUCUCUCCCGAGUGGCCGCUCGAACGGUCGUGAUAAACGCGACAAACUGCUCGUAAGUCCCGAUAAUUGCGAGCGUCGCCGUCGCCGUUGGGACGUUUCAUUCUAUCGAUCGGCCCCUCGAACAGUAAUCCGGCUAACAAAGUUGUGAAACCGAGCCAAGUCGCAAUCAAGGCCCGACUCGCAUCCAGGACUGAAUCCAGGAACGUCGAGAGACGCACGGAAUCUCGCGCUUGCACUGGUCCUCGGUGAAAGGGGACAGAUCGUGGACCCUGGUGGUGUCCCAGGGCCGCAGAUGGGAGCUGGUCUGCUAGAACCCGGCAGGGUGAUCAACCCCGUGCAGCGAGAAUCGCGACAACAGUCGGACGUGUUCCGCGCGAUCGAGCUCGAGUUCGCCGUCGUCACCGUACCGUCCACCGCCGACGUCGGCUGCCGACGUCGUCGUCGACCACGAGGCCCCUUCUUCUCCCACCCGAUUCGGUUGCGCAAAUCCGAUCAAGCUGGAAUUGAUGGAGUUGGAGAACAUUGUGGCGAACACCGUGUACCUGAAAGCCAGAGAAGGUGGUGGUGACAGCAACAAGGGAAAGAGUAAGAAAUGGCGGAAGAUACUUCAGUUCCCACACAUUUCCCAGUGCAUCGGCCUAAAAGAUAAACUAGACAUCAGGUACGGCUAUGUCGUGGAUCAGCAGCCGAUCGGGCGGCUGCUAUUCCGACAGUUCUGCCAGGACAAAAAGCCGGCCUACCACCGCUACAACUUAUUCCUGGACGCAAUUGAAAAGUACGAGAUCGAAUUGGAUGAGAACCGCAUCGAGCUGGCGAAGGAGCUGUUUGAACAGUACUUGAAGCGGGAGGGCUCGGAGGUGGUCGACAUCCUGAAUGAUUCCCUGAUUUCGCAGUGCGAGGAGCGACUCAGCACCGGCGGCAAGGAGCUCUUUCUCGAGGUGGCGCAGACCGUGAAAAACUUUCUCGCAGGCGAGCCAUUCUCGGCCUUCCUCAGCAGUUUUUACUUCUACAGGUAUCUCCAGUGGAAAUGGUUGGAGGCGCAACCAGUGACGGGCAAGACUUUCCGGAUGUACCGAGUACUGGGCAAAGGCGGCUUCGGCGAGGUAUGCGCCUGCCAGGUACGCGCCACCGGUAAGAUGUACGCGUGCAAGAAGCUGGAAAAGAAGCGGAUCAAGAAGCGGAAGGGCGAGUCGAUGGUGCUGAUCGAGAAGAACAUUCUGCAGAAGAUCAACUCCAAGUUCGUCGUCUCUCUCGCGUACGCGUACCAAACGAAAGACGCGCUCUGCCUCGUGCUGACCAUCAUGAACGGUGGCGAUCUCAAGUUCCACAUUUACAAUAUGGGCGGUGAGCCGGGUUUCGACAUAAAUCGCGCCCGAUUCUACGCGGCCGAGGUCGUGUGUGGUCUGGAGCACCUUCACCUUCAGGGUAUCGUCUACAGGGACUGCAAACCAGAGAACAUACUGCUGGAUGAUCACGGUCACGUGAGGAUAUCCGAUCUCGGCCUCGCGGUGGAGAUCACCGAGGGCGACAUGGUACGCGGCAGAGUCGGCACGGUGGGCUACAUGGCGCCCGAAGUGAUCGACAACGAGAAGUACACCUUCUCGCCGGACUGGUUCAGUUUCGGUUGUUUGUUGUACGAGAUGAUCGAGGGCCAAGCGCCGUUCCGCGCCCGUAAGGAGAAGGUCAAGCGCGAAGAGGUUGACAGACGCGUGAAGGAGGACCAGGAGAGGUACUCGCCCAAGUUCAGCGAGGAUGCGAAGAGCCUGUGUCAGCAGUUGCUGAAGAAGAGCCCGAAAACGCGGCUUGGCUGCAAGUGCGGCCGUCAUGGUGCGAAAGAGGUGAAGCUGCACAGCUUUUUCCAGUGCUUGAACUGGAAGAGGGUCGAGGCCGGUAUGUGGGAACCACCGUUUGUGCCGGAUCCUCGCGCGGUUUACGCUAAAGACGUUCUGGACAUUGAACAGUUCUCCACGGUGAAAGGUGUCAAUUUGGAUGCCACAGACGACACCUUCUACAGCAAAUUCAACACCGGCAGCGUGUCCAUUCCAUGGCAAAAUGAGAUGAUAGAGACUGAGUGUUUUAAGGAGCUGAACGUAUUAGGUCCUAACAACACGCCUACCCCAGACUUAUUGAUAAAUCAUCCGCCGCCCAAUAAUGAAGACAGAGGCUGCUUUCUCUUUCGAAGAAAGAGGAAACAGAGCGCCCGUACGAGGGAGGUGCCGCUGUCGGAAUGUCAUCUGCUGGAGCUAUCGCAGACGCAGAGCUCGGAGAUGCCGGGCAGCUGAUCCAGGAUGAACGCGAGUGACAGCCCGAAUCGAUCGACGUCGUCGCCGUUUCGACGUUGCUGCCGCGGCUGACGACGUGUGUCCUCCAGGUGCUGCUGCCAGCGGCUGCUAUGAUCAGAGCAGGCCCAUCUCCUUUCUUGUCUUUUCUCCGUUUCUCUCUCCUUCAAUGGUGUCUGAACGGUCUUCGACAACCGCUUAUGAACGCGGCUGCACGGCUCGCUUAACAGACGACGGUCUGUACGACUGCGGGGCCCGGAGUCACCACCAGUCACUGACAGUUCUCGCGGGUUCGUGAGGUCGGAUCCGAGAUCUGCGCGGCGAAAGGACGCGCGAUCUACACGUACGCACACCCACGCGUAGGCGCACACAUACGCACGCAUUUCCAGUAUUACUGGCCAGAUAGCACAAACUUGUUCGUUACUGAAUGUAUUUCCCGAGCUCACGGACACACGUGUCCGCUGACGUGUUUUGUUGAAGCGUUAUUCACGAGUGGCGAUGCGAGUCGCAGGAGUUAAUUCAGGAUAUAGAUCGAGACAAAUGAGUCGCUCACACGUUCACAACGCGAAGCGAUUACGAGACACGUAUUGUACUCCGAGGCAACUUAAUUUCUAACUGAUGGCGACACGAAGAGGAACACGCUGCUCCUAUUAGCCACACAAAUUUUCAAUCUCAAGUUUCGAUGACAUUUUAAGUUAAGAGUAUACAGGGUGUUAAACGAUUGUAUGAUUAUUUUUUAAUUCAAAUUAUUCACUUUUUUAUACGUACUUAUGAAACUCUUUUCCUAUUUUUAAUCGACAAAACUGCUAAUUUUAUGUAAUAUAUAUUAAUUUGUGAAGAACUUUUUUUUAUACUCACAGGAUAGACUUUUUCUUAUUCUCGUGUCGCUUUAUUGUUGAUGAUCUGCAAGCUCGUUGCCGCGUUGGAAAUACCUGAGAGGAUCGUAGCGGCGCGCGAGUAAAUGAGAAAAAUCGUAAGUAUGUCGCCGUCUCUAAGUUACACUCGAAAUGCCCUCGUACGUUGGUUUUAAGUGCUUGGCGAGAAUCUCGAAACGAUCGGCGAUGCGCCGCGAUCGUCAACGGCCCGUUUAUAUCGCUCGUAAGAUCGGAUCGGAUAGGCGAGUAAACUAGGUGGCCAAGAACUUCGGUCGUAACUGAGUCGCGCGCGAACGGCCGCGAUGAUUUAUGGAACUCGUGCGCGCGAUAGGAUCUAGGAUGGAUGCGCCGAGGGCCGAAAUAGAGCAUCAGGAAGAGCGCGUAGACGGGCGAGAUAACGCGCACGUGGAACGGACAGGUCGUAAAAGAGCACGUGAAAGCUGGCGCUCGCUCGCUCACUCGCUCGCGUAUCGCCGACAUUAAGCUAUCGGUAAACGGACACCCGAUACUGCCGCGGAACAAAUAAACACUCGCGUGCACCCGUGCGUUUAUAAACGUUAACCCGAUAUGUAUUCAGAAGGCCGCGCGCAGACACGUGCACGCGAAUGCAAUGAGUUGGCGGCGCCUCAGAAAAGAAAGAAACGUCACGUACAAAAAUAUGAUGAAUGAAUUAUUGCGAUCUGUCCAGCUACCAUCGCUAAACGGAGGCGUUAAGCAAUUUCAAUAUAGAUAAUACGACAAAUGAAGAUGAAAUCUGACGGAUGUAAUUAAAUUCCUGAACACGUUUUAUCAUUAAUGUACAUGAAAAAGAUUAAUAUUUAUUAAGCUUAACGAGAAAAAUGAUGAAUUAUAGUUAUUUGAAACAAAUUUGGAUAAUAUUAAGGAUUAACGUGUCGUUAAUGGAUGCAAUAUUUACGUAUAUAAUUUUAAUAAUUUGCGUUAAAACCUCUUUUUUAAAAUGAUAUUUAAUUUGACGUUUAAAUUUUAGAGAGUAAGUAGAACAGGACGAAUAUGCUGUCUGUGCACAGAUUCUUUUACUACUGUGCGCUACGAUUUUGUUACGUGAAUCGGCGUUAUCACGACUCUUGGAUGCAGGCGUUCAGAAAUAAAGAGGACUACGGGGUAACAAAUGGGAAUUGCAUCCGUCGACAAUUUCAAGAAGGCGCGUUACGAUCGAGUAGUUCCCGCUUCCCUCCAUAAAUAUGACAGCAUUUUCCGUAAAGCUGCAAUAAUCGGGUAUCAUUUUUUUAUGCAUCUGUCUUGUCACGUUUUCUCGAAGAGGCCGUGAAAAAUCUCGUGCUGGAUAAUCAAAUUGAUCUGAUGAUAAUGUAACAGUCGCAUUUAAUAUUUUAGUAAUAAAAUUAAAAACUGAAAAAUUUUAGUUGCCGAAAAAUUCGUUAUGUAUUUAUCAAAGAUUUAAAUCGUUAAAUUUAGGAUCAGAGAUCUGUAUUCUUUCUAUUACUUGACAUAAUAUUUUAUUUAUCAAAGAGGAAUAACUUUAAGAUAUUGAUUUAAUUUUUAUUAUAUUGAAUAAUCCGUAAAAUCUCUUUACAUGCGUGAUAUUCUGGAAAGCACUGUUCGAGAAGUAGUUGGCAAGGAGAUUUUACGAAUCGCGGCGAGUCGGAACUAAUGGGCAUACCCGAGUAGCUCGUAGGCACUUUGGCCGUUCUCCAAUAGCCUGACGAUUCGUAUGCCAACGAUUCAGAUCCCCAUCGAAAUCUUUGCCAUCAUUUGGCACACACUUGUCACCAAAUCGAAAAUGUCGAAUCGCUUUUCUUUAAUGCAUCUCAUAAAUAUGCUUGAAUGUGAACGUCGAUACAGAAUUGCGCCUGUUAAUCUCAUUGAGAAUCUCGGUCUCAAAUUUCUUUUAAAAAAUCGCUAUCGUUAAGAUAUAAAAUGAUUGAUCGAUAUGUUGUAAAUAGUAAAAAUAAAUAAGAAAAUAAAUCUCAGUUUUGUUGUAACGAGUUUGACGUUGUCUAACGUUAUAAUUGCAUUUCUAUUAUUUAUCAAAAAGUGAUGCGAUACCUACUUGCAUUAAGACAUCAUAUACGUAUAAUCAAUCUUGAAAAUCUUAUUAUUAGACUCUAGCUUCGCGUCAAAACGUUAUAAAAACAAUCAAGUAAUUAUGAAAAUAAAAUUAAUGAACCUUAAUUUUGCAAAUAUCACAAAAGAGCGUAUAAACAAUUUCUUGUCUUUUUAUAUCUAAACGCUCAAAACAGCAAGCAAAGAUAGAUUUGUUUCUUAUGGAUCGAAAUUCCAUAAUUAGAAAUUGUACAUUUAUUAAUGAAUAAACACGAUGCUGUCGCAAGCCAAUUGAUAAAUCAAACAUCUGUAUGUUAUUUACAGGUUUGCAGAACUUUGUUAUUAUUAAUAACUGCAUUAAUCAUGAUUACGACGACUCGCAAUAAGACGCACAAACAUCGCUUAAAUGAUUACCGCAUGAACAAUUACACAUUAUACACGAUUAUGUCAAUCGGCUUGAGAUCGAAGUGUGACAAAGAAUGUAAAUAACAAUUUGUAAGAUUGAGUUGAGAAAAAUUAAAUUGUAAACCGCGAGAUAAAUCGCGAGAUACGCAUAUUACGUGGCAUAUUAUCGCACACGUAGAAACUGCAAUUCUUCCAUCGUCCGUGUGGAUGCUGAAGUAAAGUCAAGAUAAUCGUCAAUAUAAAAAUAGAAAUGUUUUAAGCAGUGUCUAUAAAGCAAAGUUUGCAAGCUUAUAUAUUAUUAGUGCAAUAAAUUGUUAAUUGAUUGCCAUUAAAUCUUGUGUGGAAAUUAUUAAUUUAAAUAAAACUUUUACAGAAAAGUUAAUUACCCAGAAAUUAGCGAACAACGUUUCAUGUGCAAUUUUUUAUUGUAAUGCACGGUCGAUAUUUUGUUCCUUGUUCUUUUGAUUUUGCAUGAUCGAGUGAUCGAACCGUUUCGCUUAAUCUAUCAUAUCGAUGAUACACGAGAACUCACACUUUAACUUUUAGAAAAUUUCUCGUUACCGUUUGUCAUUUUUCGAGAGCAUUGAAUCUUGUUGACUCCCAUUACAUUGUUAAUUUAUAUUGAUCGUCCCAGAAAUAUCUGUUCAAAGACAUUACUUUUCAUCUACGCUUGUAUCGUUUAUAUUUAUUUAUAACCGACAAUACGAGCAAACGUAUAUUCCAAUCUGAACAAGAUCCAUUGUACGAGAUCUACAAUUUACAGCGGUUGUAGAUAAUGACGUGCGACUUUUACUAUGUAUUCACGGAAUACCAAACUAGUAAUUUUCCUAAGUAAAUCAGCGCGUAAUUUAUUCACACACAUACAUAUAUAUAUAUAUAUAUAUAUUUUUGUCUAUGUAUGUAACGUACAGGAUAAGCAUACACACAUAUACAUAUACGUGAUAGACUGCUGAAAAUACUUUUGCAAUUACCGCUCGUGCUUCGCCUGUACAAUUCAUAUUUAAAUUGUUAUUACGGAUCUAUGUAAACAUUUUGCCCCUACGGUAUUAUAUGUAUAUAUGAAUCUAUAUCAUAUAUAUAUAUAUAUGAUAUUCUGUAAUUAAAAUCUCAUCGAACAAUUCCCGCUUUUCGAAUUAGAUUACUCUCGUUUCUUGCACAUAGUCAUCAUGUAAGUUUAUUGUCGAUUCGAUUCGAAGCCAGAUCUAGACAAUCGAUGACCGUCGAUGAUGAAUAAUGGUAAA